AUGACUUCCGAAGGCCCGGUGAAAGAGCACGGAAAGCGCCGAGUUGCUUACUACUAUGACUGUAAGUCAAUCGUUUUUGAAAAGUGAAAACGAAAUACGGUUUCAGCCAACAUUGGAAACUACUACUAUGGACAAGGACACGUUAUGAAGCCGCAUCGCAUUCGGAUGACUCACCACCUCGUACUCAAUUACGGCCUCUACCGCAACCUUGAGAUCUAUGUUCGUUUGUUAAAAUCUUUUUCGAAGUCAAGAUUGUUUCAGCGGCCUUUCCCAGCGUCUUUCGAUGAAAUGACUCGGUUCCACAGCGACGAGUACAUGAGUUUCUUGAAGACGGCCAAUCCCGACAAUAUUAAAUCCUACAACAAGCAGAUGCUCAAAUGUAAAUAUUGAAAACAUUUUUAUCUAGCAUUUUUUUUUACAUUUUUUUCAGUCAAUGUCGGAGAGGAUUGUCCACUUUUUGACGGCCUCUACGAGUUUUGCCAGUUGAGCAGCGGAGGAUCCUUAGGUCAGGAAGACAUUUUUGUCUAGGAUUUUAGUAGUGUAAAUAAGGUAAAAAAAUUUAGUUGACUCGGUUUCUCAAUUGGUCAGUGAUAGCUCUAGAUCGCUCCAGAGCUGUGAAUACAAGUGGUCUUUUAUUUAUUGUUAUUUUUGAAUUUAAAACUUUGAGCCGAAAAAUAGACACCUAUCAAUUCUUUUUGUUUCCAGCCGCUGCGACGAAGUUGAACAAGCAAAAAGCGGACAUCGCCAUCAACUGGAUGGGAGGUCUUCAUCACGCAAAAAAGAGCGAAGCCAGUGGAUUCUGCUACACCAACGAUAUUGUGUUGGGCAUUCUCGAGCUCCUCAAAUAUCACAAGAGGUUCGAAUCGCCCAGCUUUAUCCAUUCGAAUGUCUCCUUGAAGAGUUCUGUACGUGGAUAUCGACGUCCAUCACGGCGACGGCGUCGAAGAAGCCUUCUACACGACUGACCGAGUGAUGACCGUCUCGUUCCACAAAUACGGAGAUUUCUUCCCGGGAACUGGAGACUUGAAGGUUCCAACAACCUUUAUGGAGCCCUCCAAGCCAAUCAUGUUCAGGACAUCGGAGCUGGACGAGGUCGGCUCUACUCGGUCAACGUUCCUCUUCGCGACGGAAUCACAGACGAGGCCUACCAGAGCAUCUUCAUACCGGUAAUCUUGGAAGAGACUUCUUCCUUCUCAGUUUCUCCUUUCAGGUCAUGUCGAAGGUGAUGGAACGGUUCCAGCCGUGUGCUGUCGUUCUUCAGUGCGGCGCUGAUUCUUUGAAUGGCGAUCGUCUUGGACCUUUCAAUCUCACUCUCAAAGGUCGGUCAGCCUGUUUUUCCUUUUUUUUUAUUCGAAAAAUCGUUUUGCAAGUUAGUUGAGAAGUCUGAAAAUUAUUGAAGAAUGCCAUAACUGUUUCGAGAACGUCUUAAGGCACAGACUCGUUCUGCUCCAUUCGGGUCUAGGCUGAGUUGGCUGUGAUUAGUUUCAACCUUGUAAAAACUUUUUUCGAAGUAACCGAAGUCGUUUCCCAAAAAUCACAGAGAAAAAAAUAUACGAAAUAAUUUUUACCACAUCUUUUUUCUAUAAAAUGAACCGAUUUCUUUGAUUAUAAGAAAUUUUUGUGGAAAAACAAAGUGCUGAAAAGUUCUUUUUUGAGUAUUUGAAUAUUCAGUUCACUUAGAAACAUAGGAAAAAACUGCUUUCUACAACCUACUCUCAACUUUUUCAGCUUUUUUGAGUUCAGUUUUUUAUAGGUGUUUGAAAAAUGCAUAUGCUUACGAUCUGUUAGAAAGGCUUUCGAAAAACGGAAGUUUUAGGACAUGGAGAGUGUGCCAAGUUCUUCCGGAGCUACAACGUGCCAUUGAUGAUGGUCGGCGGCGGAGGCUACACUCCGAGGAACGUCGCCCGCUGCUGGGCCUACGAGACUUCGAUCGCCGUCGACAAGGAAGUCGCAGAUGGUUUUUCUUUCCUUUCCAUUCGAAAAACCUCGAAUAUUCUUCAGAUCUCCCAUACAACGACUACUUCGAGUACUUCGGUCCCAACUACAAGCUGCACAUCGAGGCGUCCAAUGCGACCAAUGACAACGGUCUCGACUACUUGAAGAAAAUUCAGUAAGAUUUUUCCUCUGAAUAAAUUUAACGGAUUUUUUUUUCUCAGGGAAUCCGUCAUUCAGAACCUCGACAAGCUGACGUUCGUUCCCAGUGUCCAGAUGAGACGUUAGUUGAUGAAUCUUGUGGAAAGCUAUAUAUUAAUAUUUCUUCAGCGAUACCUGAAGACGCCCUGAAGUGCUUGAAUGACACCAGCCUCGGCAAAGAUAUGGCCAAUCCUGAUGUUCGCCUCCAUCGUAAGUUUUCUCGAAUUUUUGAGCUAGGAAAAAAAAAUAAGAUACUUACAGUUGUGGUUAUAUAAAUAUUCAGAUGGUCAGAAAUAUUUUUCUUGAUCAUCAAGUUUCUCCUUCAAAAGACAAAAAAACUAUAUACCAAGAGCGUAACAGUCAUUUUUCCAAAAAUUGUCUUUUGGGGGUGUCAAAUAUAUUUUUAGCGAUUAUUGAGACUGCGCAGAUUAGGUUAGGCACCUCGUAAUUAGGUGCGAAGAUAUGGAAAAAAGGCGAUUGGCAUUGAUUCUUCACAUUUCUGCAAACAACAGGUCGUGUCUGUCUGGGAGUGUAUCACACAUCAUUAGGUUGAAAAAAAUCAAGUUUGUUUAUGUUUAGUUUGAAAGGACGAUCUACAUAAGAACCGCUUCAAAAAUUGACAGAAAUUGCAAGCUUUGAAAAAAGAAAAAAACUGUUGCAGCUUCGAUAAUGGACAGCGCGACAGAGGACGCUGGAGAAUAUUUCGACGGCGAAAAAGAAGGCGACGACAGAAGGAACGAGCACAACGCCAAACGGGCCGCCGGAAUCGACGGCGAGGUUCCACCGGAAAAGAAGGGAAAAGUCGACGCGUGA